AUGGUCAAGAAGAGAAAGAACAACGGCCGAAACAAGAAGGGCCGCGGCCACGUCAAGCCCAUCCGAUGCAGCAACUGCUCGCGAUGCACCCCCAAGGACAAGGCGAUCAAGAGAUUCACCAUCCGCAACAUGGUUGAGUCUGCUGCUAUUCGUGACAUCUCGGAUGCCUCCGUCUUCGCGGAGUACACCGUGCCCAAGAUGUACCUGAAGCUGCAGUACUGCGUCUCUUGCGCCAUUCACGGCAAGAUUGUCCGUGUCCGAUCCGUCGUUGGCCGACGCAACCGUGCCCCUCCCCCUCGCGUCCGCUACAACAAGGACGGCAAGAAGAUCGUCCCUACUGCCCCUAAGGCUUAA